CCUGAUUUUCUUUCCCCCGCCGGCCGCCGCCGCAGACACGAACAAGAGAGUUUUCUCUUGACCGUGUUACCCCAAGACAAAAACACACAAAGCAUUCGCUGUUUACACUUCACAAACCCGAAUCAAUCAAGCACCGGAGGGACAGGGCGUUUCUUGCGCAAUCGAUGCCUCUCGAGCUUCUCCACUUGGUCACCGCGUUACUUCUCCUCACGGCCGCCGGCGGCGAUGAUGAUGGCCGGCGGUUCGCCUACAACGGCUUCUCGGGCGCCAAUCUCACCCUCGACGGCGUGGCAGCGGUCACGCCGAACGGCCUCCUCAUGCUGACUAACGGCACCAUCCAGAAGAAAGGCCACGCCUUCCACCCAUCCCCGGUACCGUUCCGCGGCAGCACGCGGUCGUCGUCCUUCUCGACGACCUUCGUCUUCGCCAUCUUCGGGCAGUACAUCGACCUGAGCAGCCCUGGCAUGGCCUUCUUCGUCACCACGUCGAGGGAGAUCCUCUCGACCGCGCUGCCGGGCCAGUUCAUGGGCCUCCUGAACGCCACCAACAACGCCAACCGGGACGCCCACAUCUUCGCCGUGGAACUGGACACCCUCCUCAACGCCGAGUGUCGCGACAUCAGCAGCAACCAUGUCGGCAUCGACGUGGACAGCCUGGUGUCGCGAGCUUCCGCCGACGCCGGCUACUACGACGACGGCGACGGGCGGUUCCGGAACCUGAGCCUGAUCAGCCGGAAGGCGAUGCAGGUGUGGGUGGACUACGACGGCGCAGCCGCGGAGGUCACCGUGACCAUGGCUCCCCUUGGCGUCGCCAGGCCCAAGAAGCCCCUGCUCCGAACCACGGCGAACCUCUCGGCCGUGUUGCAGCAGCAGGACACGGCGUACGUGGGCUUCGCGUCGGCCACGGGGAUCCUCUUCUCGCGCCACUUCGUCGUGGGCUGGAGCUUCGCGCUGGACGGGCCGGCGCCGGCGCUGGACAUCUCGUCGCUACCGGCGUUGCCGCCGAGCGGGCCCAAGCCACGGUCCAAGGUGCUGGAGAUCGUGCUUCCCAUAGCGUCCGCGGCGGCGGUCCUCGCCGCCGGCGUCGCCGUCUACGUCGUGGUACGGCGGCGUCUCAGGUACUCGGAGGUCAUCGAGGACUGGGAGGCCGCGUUUGGGCCGCACCGGUUCUCUUACAAGGACUUGUUCCAUGCCACCAAAGGAUUCAGCGACGAGAACUUUCUCGGGGCAGGAGGCUUUGGAAGCGUCUACAAGGGCGUGCUCCACAGAAAAAAGUCUGCCAUGGAGGUCGCCGUGAAGAGGGUGUCGCACGAGUCACGGCAGGGGAUGAAGGAGUUCAUCGCCGAGGUCGCGAGCAUGCGACGGCUGCGCCACCGCAACCUGGUGCAGUUGCUCGGCUACUGCCGGCGAAAGGGACAGCUUCUCCUGGUCUAUGAUUACAUGCCGAAUGGUAGCCUGGACAGGUACCUAUACGAUUGUAGCAAGGGUAGUACACUGGAUUGGCCUCAGAGGUUCCAUAUCAUCCGGGGAGUGGCUUCCGGGUUAUCAUACCUCCAUGAGGAUUGGGAGCAAAUCGUCAUCCACCGAGAUGUCAAAGCAAGCAACGUGCUCUUGGAUGACCAGAUGAAUGCGAGGUUAGGGGAUUUUGGCCUAGCAAGGCUUUAUGAUCAUGGAUCGGAUGCAAGAACCACACACGUGGUCGGCACUAUGGGAUAUCUAGCUCCUGAACUAGGGCACACUGGCAAGGCGACCCCGUCUACCGAUGUUUUCGCCUUCGGGGCAUUCGUUCUUGAGGUCACCUGCGGGCGGAGGCCGAUUGAGCAAGGCGAGGGGAACAAAAGCACCAUGCUCGUGGAUUGGGUUGCCGAACAUUGGCGUAAUGGUUCGAUCACAGAGGCAGCGGACACGAAGAUGCUAAACAGGUUUAGUCUUGAUGAGGUUUCCCUAGUGCUAAAACUCGGGCUUAUGUGCUCACACCCACUUCCCAAUGCAAGGCCGACCAUGCGGCAAGUCAUGCAGUACCUCGACGGCGACACGGUCCUCCCAGACUUGUCGCCGGCAUACCUCAGCUCAUCAACCAUGCUGGAGUGGAUGUACAGCCCGGAGUUGAACAAGAAUGUAAUGUCGUAUGUGCCGUCGAUGAGCUCCGGUGGCAUUUCUGAUCUCUCUGGAGGAAGGUGAACGAGUGCCUGCUUCGUAGAACAAUAAUUGAGUUGGACUCGAUUGUACUUGUCUCUAAUCGUUUCUAUUUUUAUUCAUCGCAUUAACUAGCACUGUGGAAAAGUUGUCUGAUUUUCCAAUAACUUCAUCAAAUCAAUGAAGUCUUGUUAGAGUUUCUCGUUCAUAGAAAGACAACUUUAUCUAGAUUGUUUUGAAGACA